UACAUUACUGGCCCCUUAUUUAUAAGACAAGAGCACAUUUGAAACCAUCACAGUCUUCAAAGAAGGAUCACAGCAUGAAGCAACUUAACUCCAGUGAGCUGUCUUCCAAUGCCUCUGUAUCUCCAGGAACUUUUAUCCUUAAUCCUUCCUGGAAUUACAAUGGUCUGAUACCAUCUGUGGUGUUGUCUUUUAGCUUUUUGUUGGGAGUCCCUGGGAACAUCGCUGUGAUUAUUUUCAAACCCAACUUUCAGCACCUGUCCUCUGUGAGCCAGAAACUGAUGCUGAACCUGGUUGUUUCAGAUCUGCUCUGCCUGCUCACUCUUCCAUUGUGGAUUUAUGCGUUUCUUUACAUGUGGACCUUUGGACUAGUAGCUUGUAAGCUUCUAACGUUCUUUUCGUACUGCAGCUCAUAUGGCAGUCGACUAACUGUGACUGUUUUGAGUGUUCAGCGAUACUUGCUGGUGGUGCAUCAGAAGAAUUGGACACAUCAUACGGGAGUGAGAUUGCUGCUGGUGCUGUUGUGGCUGGUUUCCAUCAUACUUUCCAUUCCUCCACUGGUGUUUCGACAGGUGUCCACUGGUCAGAACACAAGACUGUGUGAAUCCCAAUAUUCCUCAGAAGCUCAGUGGAUCACAGUCCUGCUGGUGGAAGGCCUGGUAGGAUUUACCAUCUUUUUUCUGGUAGUAUUUUCAUACACCCGUCUCCAGAAGAAGGUGAAGCAGGCAGCAUUUUUCAACAAUCCACAGACAACCAGGCUGAUUACCAGUAUCAUCGUGAGUCUUUUGGUUUUCUGGGUUCCAUAUCUUUUUUUCAAUGUUCUUAGUGCUGCAGCUAUUUUUCUACACAAUGAGGAAUUUUUCAAGUAUUGUUUGAAAGCUUUGUACACAGUUAGAGCCCUGCUUUUUGUGAACAGCUGCCUAAACCCAGUCUUGUAUGCAUUUACUUCUCACAUUUUUGGUUGCAAAAGAAAGCUUUUUAGUUAACAGCAGUCUAAAUAUCACAACUGUUAAGUGUUAUCGAUGAGAGACUGAGAAAACAUCUCUGUAGGAAUUUUUUAAAAACCUAUGCUUUUAACCAAAAACUCUUAGUGUUCAUUUGCAUUAUUUGUAAACUUACUUUUUUUGGUAUCACUCAGAAGGAUUCCAAGUUUUUUCCAUCUAGAUUGUUCCUGGUUGUUUAAAGAAAAAGUUUGUUAAUAGUGACUAUCUAAUGACUCAACAAAAGAACAUUUCUAUUUCAGAUCAAUGCAUUUUUAAUGCCUUUUAAAGGAUAGAGUGGAAAUGCUUUCCCUAUUUUUUUAUUUGCACUUAGGGCAUGUAAACAUUAUCGCAUGUUUCUUUCUUAUAUUAGAAAUUAUGAAAUGUAAAUGUAAAAGAGAUUGAUCCA